AAAGAAUAUCAUGACAGCUCAAGAAACUCGGGCAGAAAUUCCGAGAGAUAAGUACCGCUCCUUCUUGUAUGAUGACGCUGAGAACACUCACUGGAGAUAUGGUGGUCCUCCCUCAUAUGAAGAUGCGAACAGGCUCUUCGAACAAGGCCGAACCAAGGAAUGGCCGGAAGGAUCGUUAGAAGAAACCGUACAAAACGCUAUCAAGUCAUGGGAAAUGGAGGUCUCACACAAGACCCGGGUGCAAGACAUCAGGACAAUAAGUCCCGAAAAAUUCAAGUUAAUCAUAAAUGGUAGAGAGGGUUUAUCUGCUGAAGAAACCGUGAAACUUGGAACCUACAACGCAUUGCUGAAAACUUCUCUGCCAGAGGAAUUUCAAUACUACAAAGCUGAAAAAGAGACAUUUGAAUCGUCUCAUGAUGCGUUCAAAUCAGCCUUUCCUCGUGGUUUUGCGUGGGAGGUGCUGGAGGUUUUCUCCGGGCCGCCGGUUAUUGCCUUCAAGUUCAGGCACUGGGGUUUCUUUGAAGGGCCUUUCAAGGGGCAUGCACCCACUGGAGAGAUGGUGGAGUUUCGUGGCCUUGGGACUCUUAAGGUUGAUGAAUCACUGAGAGCGGAAGAAGUUGAGAUAUACUACGACCCAGCACAGCUGUUCGGAGGUCUAUUGAAGGGCUCGAUUAUCCCAGAAUCCCACAACAAAGACACCAAUGACUUCUCUGAAGCUGCUCUUUGUCCAUUUUCCAACAAAUAAAUGAUGCAUACAAUCUAGAUGCCUUGCUCAUUGA